AUGUGUGUGUCACUGUCCAGCAGCAAACGGUUAGUGGUAUUAGCGAAACGUGAUGCCUAUGGCACGGCCGGGCCGGCACUGACGCAAAGUGGGCGCUCGCGCGGUGCCGCCGGUCCCGGAGGCUUCGCAGCGCGAGCUUUCAGCGAUACACGAUCCGCACGCACUGCACACUGCACUCGCCCUAGCCCACGCGUUGCGAUUCUACUAUCGUCUACUGUUUCGAGCGCCCGUCGCACGUUUGAACUCUGCGCAGUGCCCGCCGUAACGUAUAAAUAUGAGCAGCAGUGGCGGGGGCCGGCGCCGGGCCGCGGACGCAUCGCGAAUCCACAUCGGCAUAAAUUGAAGAUGCAGGCGGUGUCCUCCAGAUUGAUUUUAUGGCUUAUCUAUCACGGCCAAUUAGAGAAGGCUCGCCACCCGAACCCGUCACGAUUUCAGUACACACGACGCUAA